AUGGAGCUGCAAAUAUUCUUUUCCAAGGACGAGUUCUUCAACCUGCCCAAUAAUCCGCAACAGAAAAGAUUUCCACUUUGCACUAACUAUACAGCAAAAAGGAUCUUGGUUGCUGUAGCUACAAGCUUAGACAUAACGCCGCCCAGGAUUGUCAAUGUGGACCAUCCAUUCAUAUUGCUGUUGCAAAAUCGAGAAGAUGGGGCUGCAAAUAUUCUUUUCCAAGGACGAGUUCUUCAACCUGUCCAGGUCAUAGUUAAGUGA